GAUUUGAUCUUACCCAUGUCCUUGGGUAACAUCUUCAGGGAGAGAGACAUAAGAGGUCCCUAUACCUUCUGAACACAAAGACCCCCACAUAAUGGUUCAAGAAGGGGAACUUCAGGGUAGAGGGAAAGCCAUGUGGGGCUCACAGGUGAGGCUGUGGUUUGUUGCUGUGGCUUGCAUAGCACUCCUCAGUGCUUGUUUCAUCAUAAGCUGUGUGGUGACUUAUCAUUUUACAUACGGUAAAACCAGCAACAGGUUGUCUGAACUACACACAUAUUCAAGUCUAACUUGCUUCAGUGAAGGCACAAGCAUGACAGAAAAAGUUUGGGGGUGUUGUCCAGGUACCUGGAAAUCAUUUGGUUCCAGCUGCUACCUCAUUUCUACUGAACUGAAUUUUUGGAAGAAGAGUGAGCAGAACUGUGUUGGGAUGGGGGCUCAUUUGGUGGUGAUAAACACAGAAACUGAGCAGAAUUUCAUUGUCCAGCAGCUGAAUAAAAACUUUUCUUAUUUUCUGGGACUCUCAGAUCCACAAGGGAAUAACAACUGGCAAUGGAUUGAUCAGACAUCUUACACAGAAAAUGUCAGAUUUUGGCACGAAAAUGAGCCUAAUUUUUCUGCAGAGGAAUGUGCUACAAUAGUUUUCUGGAAUCAUAGAGGAUGGGGUUGGAAUGAUGUUUUCUGUGACUCUAAGAGGCAUUCGAUAUGUGAGAUGAAGAAGAUUUACCUAUGAAUGGAACUUUAUUUAUCAACACUUUAAAAAUUGAGAUCUAGCAUAAAAUAAUUCCCUUUCAUAAUUAUGUAUAAUCUUUAUCACAGAAGUUCAAGAAAACCUAUAGAUACCUUUCUCUCAUCAACUGUCUCUCUUCCAGUUUCCUUUUUUCCACUAGUGAUAGG